AGUGGUAGUCUUCUUGGGAGUCCUUUUCUGACGAAACUAAUUCCAAAAGUACCAAAUAACGGAUCAUGAUUGGUUGAUAAGUUCUUUUCGUCCAAUAGUUUUGAAGAAAUCGAUUCUAUUAGUAACUAAUGAAGGAGGACCUGUUGCUAGUCCUUGGUAGCCAUGCUAAAACUUUAACUGUAGAGUAACAGUUAAAAAUUUUCUUGUAACUGAUAACUUUCGAUUGAAAGAAUUCCACCACGCAUUAAUCAUUUGUCUUCAAACAGUGGCAAAAAAUGGAAAUAUCACCUAGAAAACCAUCAAAACGUGCACAAGAACCUAUUGACGAAUGGUUACAGAAUGAAGGAUAUUUUAGAAAACAUGCACCUAGAGAUCCAACUUGCUUAUUCAGAGCAGUUAGUGAACAAGUUUAUAUGACACAAUAUUAUCACAUUAAAGUUAGAAAAGAAUGUGUGGAAUUUAUGAGAAAAAUGAAACAUUUAUUUAUAGAGAGUAUAACAAUUCCAUUUGAUGAUUAUCUGGAACAAAUGACAUGUUUUACUGAAUGGGGAGGUAUGAUUGAGAUUCAAGCUAUGUCAUUACUUUAUAAAAGAGAAUUUAUUAUAUUUAAUGGUCAAAAACAAAUUAGUCGUACUGUUACUAAUAAUGGUUUCAAGGAUGUGAUAUAUUUAUGCCAUACUCCACAAAAACAAUAUGAAAGUAUUUACACAAGAAACUUUGUUGCAAAUGCUGCUUAUUGUCAAUCUAUUGUUUAUCAAAUAUUAUACAAAGAUGUCUUUCAAAUGGCUAAUAUAGAGGCUACUGUACAUAAAAUGUUACAUGAUAGAACAGCUUCAUUUAGACAUGAUAAAUUUUUCCUUAAAGGCAAUCUGGAAAUUAGAGAUCAAUUAACUGCAGAGAUAUAUAACAAAGUUGGAAAUGAAAAUGUUAAUGAUGAAGUUGAUGAUGUACAUGGUAUAAUAAAAAAUAUACCACCUUUUCCUUAUAGAAUUGCCAAAGCUCUUGAUCCCAAUAUUUAUCGUAAUACAGAUUUUGAUAUAUGGCAUGAAAUUAGAAGGGAAGUGAAAAAUGCAGGAUGGACUAGGCACAAUAGUCAUGAACUCCAAAUUGGUGGCAAAUGUUUGGUACAAAUAGACUUUAAUGAAGAAGAUUUUGACAAAACCAAUAAUAAUAACGUCUAUGUGUCUUCUCUUGAAAAAGAUUCUAAUGAUAAUAAUACAAAUGUAUUGGAAAAAAAAAGCAAUAAUCUAAUAUUUUAUUAUGGACACAUUCAAGAAAUGAGUAAAAAUCAGGGACCUGUAUUAGUUUUUAUUGAAGAAUUAGGAGAAAAAAGGAUUGUACCUUAUUCUGCUCUUAAACCAUUACCUCCAAAGAAAAAUAAAAUGGCUAAUUGGUUACCAGUUUGUAAAAAGAAUCUAGUUUUAGAUUCAAAUCAAAAAUGGAAAAAAACAUGCAAUACAACACCACGAAAAAGUAAAGAAUCUAAUAUAAAUAUUUUAUCAAAUAAUAUUGAUAAAAAUGAAAGUAACGAUAAUAUUAUUAAUAAUAUUAAUAAAAAUAAUUUUGAUUGGGAAGAAGGAUCAUUAAAAAUAGAUCAUCAAGAAUAUCAAGAAUAUGAAAAUUAUCCAAUAGAAAAAUGUCCAAAUUAUUCCAUGAAUAAUUCUGUUGAUAUGUUCUCUGCAAGAAUGAUUCAUGAUGAUACUCAGUCUUCUACAGUAGAUAAUAGAGGACAAGAAAAUAAUAAAGAACACAAAGAAAAAAAUUCAUUUUCAUAUAAAAAUUCUGAAAAUACAUUUUUAAGAAAUUCAAAGUCAAAUAAUGUAACAAAUGAUAAUAAUGCAGGUUUUAAUUCAUAUUCCAAACAAAGAAUGCAAAAGGAAGUAUAUUAUUCACCAUAUGCUGAUUCUGCUCAAAUGGAUCAUAUGUUACGUUCUAUUAAUUGCUCUGUAGAAAAAAGUAUAGACAUAAAUGGUAGUGACUUGCCACUAUCAGAUCCAUUUACUUUGAGAUUUUUUUAUAAUUUAGGAUUAGAGUAUUUCCGUGGUGGCGCUAAUUGGAAUUAUUUAACAAAUGGACAAUCGCCAGGUUUUGGUCAAUGGUAUCAAGAAAUACCUUCGAAUGAGGAAGAAAUUACAAAUAUUACAAAUGAUAUGAUGCAAGCUUGUGCAUUGACACAACAAAAAAAGGAGCAUAUCAAUGAUCGAAAAGAAAUUAGUUUACAAUCAUUAUGCCAAGAAAAUGGAGAUCAAUAUGUGAAUGGUAUAAAAAAUAUGCAGAUUCAAAAAACUGAGACUACAUCAUGUCUACCUCGUGAUAAAAUAAAAGAACAAGAAUCUAUGAAUAAAGAAUCUUCUCGUUUAAGUAGAAAUGGAGGUCCACGAUUUAAAAAAAAUUCAGAGAAUCGACAUCGAUCUACUUCACAUUUUUCUAAUCAAUAUGCAAACAAUGGACCAAAUUCUAAAAUGCUUAAGUCAGAAAGGGAUACAAAAGAAGAUAAUAUCAAUAUUCAACAUUCACACUCUAUACAUCAUCAAGUACACAAUUCUGCAAAUGCAUUAAAUACUUAUCAAGCAUCUUAUAUGCAACAAAGCAUGUAUUCCGGAUUACCGUAUUAUGCAAAUGAGACAGAAGCAUUUGCGAAUCCUUAUUAUUCUUUGAAUCCAGGUUUUGUCUCAAUCCCGUGUUUACCACAUUCCGAUAUACAUGAUAAUAGUAAUGCACAAACUUUCCCGCCGCAUCUAUGUCCUGGAAUAGAUUAUUCUCAAGCUUAUUCCGGUCUAUGUCCACCAUACCUAUGUCCCUCUCCAAAUCCAUUUAAUUUACCGCUGCAAAAUUUACCGGAACACUGGUAUGCAGUUGCUGGUCAACCGCAUUAUAUGCCAUAUGCACCUGUAUUAUCCGUAACUGCAGAAACAACUUGCAAUGGAAUACAAAAUAUUAAUCAGAAUAUUUCAUCUUAA